GUGGUGGGCUUCUUUAAGGGCAUGUCGUUCCCUCUGGCCAGCAUCACCGUCUACAACUCGGCGGUGUUUGGCUUCUUCAGUAACAUACAGAGACUUAUUAGCAAGUAUCGCUAUGGAGACGGACGGCAACCCUGCGGCAUGAUGGACCUGACGCUGGCCAGCAUGCUGACCGGGCUGGUGUCCGUGGGGCUAGGAGCUCCAGUGGACCUGGUGAAGAUCCGCCUGCAGAUGCAAACACAGAUGGUUCUGGCAGUGAACCCAAUCCCACUCAAUUGA